AUGAUGAACGACUGUGCGCUGGAGCAGCCCGAGCCUCUAUUAUAUGGCACCCCCUCGAUAACAAUCAGAAAGAAUAUCUCUAGGAAUGGUGGACAACCAUUCGAAGACUCUGAUGUUCUCGUGCUUUCCUCCCGGUCCACAACUGACACGCACUCCAAAGAUUCCACGCAGCUGUACCUCGACUUACGUCUUUCAAAGCCUUUACUACCAGAGAGCACCAUUAAAUGGGGCUUUGCUGGACUCCGUGGACGAGAUGGCUCUCCUGAUGAAGGCACCAUGACUUCGUGUGAUGGAGAAGAAGUAGAAACUGGAAUUGGGGUAAACCCCGAGACGGGAGAACAGGAGCAGCACAUCGUUCGCAUUCCUCACUUCCUCACGCGAUCAAAAAGUGAAUCGACCGGAUUUAUCGCUAUCCUGGGAGAUCACGCCCUUGCAAUGCGUCAGAACCACUCUCCGAAUGACACCGAAUUUCAAGCGGUGCGCAUGCGCAUCUCGACUUCAUCGUCGUCCGAAGUUCUGUUCAAGCAGAACGCAGACGCUCUCCUCCCAUUGUUAGAAUCUGCGCUCUCAGGGGUUGAUAAUUGGAAAGGAUCCCCUUGGCAGCGUGGCCAGGAAAUUACUUUACAGGAAAGCCGCUGGACGGUGUGGGAUGCUGGUGAACGUAUUCCAUGA